GGCGCCAUGGCGGCGGCCGAGACGAAGAUCAUUUACCACCUGGACGAGCAGGAGACGCCGUACCUGGUGAAGCUGCCGAUCCCGGCCGAGCGCGUCACCCUCGGCGACUUCAAGGGGCUCCUCAACCGCCCCAACUACAAGUUCUACUUCAAGUCCAUGGACGACGACUUCGGGGUGGUGAAAGAAGAGAUCUCGGAUGACAAUGCCAAGCUUCCCUGCUUCAAUGGCCGGGUGGUGUCGUGGCUGGUGUCUGCAGAGGGUUCCCAUUCAGAUGCCGGCUCGGUCUGUGCCGAUAACCAGACAGAGCUGCCACCCUCCAUGGAGCGCACAGGAGGAAUUGGAGAUUCCAGGCCCCCCUCUUUCCACCCUAACACUGGGGGCAGUCGGGAAAACUUGGAUAAUGAGACAGAGACAGACUCGGUGGUGUCAUCACAGAGGGAACGACCUCGUCGGACAGAUGGGCCUGAGCAUGCACCCAGGGUAAAUGGGACAGUGAAGGGAGAGCGGCGCCGAGAUCUGGGUGGGUACGAGAGCUCCUCCACACUCAUGAGCAGCGAGCUGGAGACCACCAGCUUCUUUGAUUCAGAUGAAGAUGACUCCACCAGCAGGUUUAGCAGUUCAACAGAGCAAAGCAGUGCUUCUCGUCUAAUGAGGAGACACAAGCGACGCCGGCGGAAACAGAAGGCUCCUCGCAUUGAGCGGUCCUCAUCCUUCAGCAGCAUCACAGACUCCACCAUGUCCCUGAACAUCAUCACGGUCACGCUGAAUAUGGAGAAAUACAACUUUCUGGGCAUUUCUAUUGUGGGACAGAGCAAUGAGCGUGGGGAUGGAGGCAUUUACAUUGGCUCUAUCAUGAAGGGAGGCGCUGUGGCAGCUGAUGGCAGGAUUGAGCCAGGAGACAUGCUCUUACAGGUAAACGACAUCAACUUCGAGAACAUGAGCAAUGAUGAUGCUGUGCGAGUGCUGAGGGAGAUUGUGCACAAGCCGGGGCCCAUCACCCUGACUGUGGCCAAGUGCUGGGACCCCAGUCCGCGGGGCUGCUUCUCGUUACCCAGGAUUGCUCCCCAGCGGAUCUGGGCUGGGCCAGACUCUCCAUGCUCCGAUCCGGGUGAGCCCAUCCGGCCCAUCGACCCGGCAGCCUGGGUGUCUCACACAGCAGCGAUGACUGGCACCUACCCAGCGUACGGUAUGAGUCCAUCCAUGAGCACAAUCACUUCCACCAGCUCCUCCAUCACCAGCUCCAUCCCAGAGACUGAACGCCUCGAUGACUUUCACCUGUCCAUCCACAGUGACAUGGCCACUAUUGUCAAAGCCAUGGCCUCACCAGAGUCAGGCCUCGAGGUGCGUGACCGCAUGUGGCUGAAGAUCACCAUCCCCAAUGCCUUCAUUGGUUCGGAUGUGGUAGAUUGGCUCUAUCACCACGUGGAGGGCUUUACAGACCGCCGUGAGUCCCGCAAAUAUGCCAGCAAUCUGCUGAAGGCUGGCUACAUUCGACACACCGUGAACAAGAUCACGUUCUCGGAGCAGUGCUAUUACAUCUUCGGGGACCUCUGUGGAAACAUGGCUAAUCUGUCUCUUCAUGAUCAUGAUGGUUCCAGUGGUGCCUCUGAUCAGGACACUUUGGCUCCGCUCCCCCACCCAGGAGCUGCACCCUGGCCUAUGGCCUUCCCAUAUCAGUAUCCACCACCUCAUCCAUACAACCCCCAUCCCGGCUUCCCUGACCCAGGCUACAGCUAUGGAGGGGGCAGUGCAGGCAGUCAGCACAGUGAAGGGAGCCGGAGCAGUGGUUCCAAUCGCAGUGGCAGCGAGAGGAGGAAGGAGAGAGAGAAGACUGGGGAGUCGAAGUCAGGCGGCAGCGGGAGCGAGUCAGACCACACCACGAGGAGUAGCAUGCGGCGCGAGCGUGCGGCCAGUGAGCGCUCGGUGCCGGCCAGCCAGCACAGCCAGCGCAGCCAGCACUCCCUGGCUCACAGCAUCCGCAGCCACCACAGCCAGCAGUCGUACGGGCCGCCCGGCCUCCCCCCUCUCUUCAGCCCCCCCAUGUUGCUGAUGCCUCCACCGCCGUCAGCCAUGGGGCCCCCCGGGGCGCCGCCGGGCCGUGACCUGGCCUCUGUGCCCCCCGAACUGACAGCCAGUAGACAGUCCUUCCGAAUGGCCAUGGGCAACCCCAGUGAGUUCUUUGUGGAUGUAAUGUGAAGCGCCCGUCCCUUGUCUGUCUGCUGUCCCUCCUUCCCCCUUCUAUCCUGUCGUUUGUUUCCUAGGACCAGCCCUGGCUUCACCCCUUGUUUUUUUGGGGUUUUUUUUGUUUCUUUUUUUUUUGUCUUGAUAACGAAAAGAAAAAAAAGGGAAAAAAAAUAAUAAAUGGAACUAAACCUUGAUUCUAAUCCCUCCUCGAGCAGGGUGGACAGGCCUGGCAGGCCUGCUGGGUGCUGUCAGCCCAUCCCGCCACCAGACUUGUGUAUUGCCGAUGGUAAUUCCCUCCUGCCAUCCUCUCUAACCCCAUUAAUCUGCAUCCGUCCCAGCACCCUGUGCUGCUUGCCCGUGUGUCACUGCUGCCUCAGUCCUUCCACCCUAAACAUCUCUUCUUUCUUUUCACCCUUUUGUGUUUCUUCUAUCAAGCAGCAAAGAAUUACGGGGUGUUUGACUUUCUCUGAGCCUGCCGCCCAUGGGGGGGAGAGCUGGAGCAUGGCGUGGCCCGACAGCAGGACACGGAGCUCCAGGGGCGCUGGGCACACAUGGCGCUGAAGAUGGCUUCUUUCCUCCCCCUCGUGGAAGAUGCCCUGCCCUUCCCACAGCCCUGAGAGGGGAGCAGGGACCAGCCUUAUAUAUGUAUUUUAAAUCCCAUUGUAGUUGCCUUCUGGCUAAUGCAUGAAUGUUCCAGGGCUUCAGUGCCUCUAGGGAGUGGAGAGAUGCUGCCACUUCCCUCUUGCCUCCCUUGUCUUGCCCCACGUACUGGCCAGGUCCGAGUCUGACACUGCCUCAUGGCAGGACCCUCCUUCACCUUGGCCAGGCCUCAGGGCUGGGGCUGUACUUCUGCAUCCAGCCCAGAGAGGUGGUGUGAGUUGGUGUCCUACACCUGCCUUGGGGUUCUUUGGGGGGGAUUUAAGGGCAGAGCUCUGCUCCUUCCAUCCUGCUCUUUGCCCUCCUGCCUGCAAUGUGCUGCUGCCUGUCCUGUUUGUAGGGCCUGUCCCAUGCCUGGGGCUGGCGGUGGCAGCUGUGGCCUUCUCCCUCCUGCUGUCAUGCUGCUGCUCAGCUAUGUGCUACCUUCAGGGGCCUAGACUGAGUUAGAAGGCGAGGGUGGGGCACAACUGGUUCAUUUUCAUGCUUUGGAGAAACAUAGAGGUCCCUUGUAUUUGCCCUCUGAAGGGGCUGAGUUGGUCUCCUCCUCUGCCCAGUGCUGCUGGCCUGACUACUGGGAGGGACAAACCUCUGGGACAGCCUCUCUCCCUCUGGGGUGUGAGCGGUGGCAACUCGAGCUCUCUGGGGAUGAGACUGCAGCCAGAACCAUGGCCUUUGGGCUCAGUGCCCACAGGUGGGCUGGGACAGUUGAAUCUGUUUGCUCCAGUGCUCCCUGCCCUUCUUCCUUCCACUUCUGGGUACUUGGAGACGUGCCUGGGACUGGGGCAGCCCUUUCCCCAUGCCCAGGGCGAAGCACGGUACAGUAUGGACACGCUCAACCCUGCUGCUGUUGGUGCUGGCGCCCCGGCGCCCUCUCCUUCUGCCACACCGUGGCUUUCUCCAUAAGCGUUACCUCCUUUGGUCUUUCUUGUGUUCGCGAUUUUUAUACAAUGGAGUUGAAUUGUAUUUUGCUCCCUGGGAGUCUGCAUUGCCCCUGCAGCCCCACUGCCAGCUCUCACGCGCCAUCAGUUCAUCUCCCUGACUCCCUAAAGCCUCUCCUUCCCUCAGCCCGCUGGAGUCAGACUGUCCCCAGUAGCCUCCCUGGCCACUGCUCACCCCUUGCCCUGCCCUACCUACUGGGUUUUAUAAAAACAACACCAAUCUCCUUGUUUUUAUUUAUAAACAUAGUUUUAUUGGA